AUUUGGAUUAACCUAAAGUUUCAUAUGGAUUCACACGAAUUACAUUUCAUAUAACCUGAGAGCAUGAUGCUUACCCUGCACCGCUCCCACAAUAUAACGCCUCUGAUCAAAUACGAGUAUUCUUUAAUAGGGAAUAAUUUCAUUUCUCUCUCAUAAACAACUUUCAAUUAUACAAUUCUCACUUUAAUUUGAGUUAUUAAUUAAUUAAUGGGGCUAAACGAGAAUUAGAAGGAAUAUUGUGUGUAAAAGACAGCCUUUUUCCUUUGUUAACUUUAAAGGUUGUUUUAAAAUUAAUAAACAAAAAGGGAAAACUUUAAACUUUGUAAACUUUAGUUUUUUCCCGUAAAAAAAUAAAAGGGUUUUGCCCCUUUUUGUGAUAACUUUAAAAGCCCUAAAACGAGAAUUUACGGAAUAGCGAGUAAAUAAAAUUACCCAAUUCCUACCCCUUCCACAAGCCAUUUGCAGUGCGCAAUACAAAUACCUCACGCCUCCAUUCUUGAACUUUCCCAUACCCAAAAAUCACCUACUUUCCCUCUCUUAAUAGAAAAGACUCCCCCUUUCUACUAGAAAACCCUUUCAAACUGGCGAUCGACAAUCAAGAGACCGCCGUCAAGGAAAUCAAGCUCGCCAAGAGCAAGAGAAACAUCAUGGAGGGAGGCCUUGAUGAUGAUGACAAGAGAUGGCCGCCAUGGUUAAAGCCUAUGCUUAAAGAACGGUUCUUUGUCCAAUGCGAACUCCACCACGAUUCGCACAAGUCAGAAUGCAAUAUGUACUGCCUUGACUGUUUCUAUGCCGGCGCUCUCUGUUCUCUCUGUCUAGCUGAUCAUACACACCACCGUUCGAUUCAGAUAAGGAGAUCUUCGUACCACGAUGUGAUCAGAGUGAAUGAGAUUCAGAAGUAUUUGGACAUCUCUGCAGUGCAGACAUACAUUAUAAACAGCGCAAAGGUUGUUUUCUUGAAUGAGCGGCCUCAGCCCAGUAGCAGGCCUGGAAAGGGGGUCAACCAUACCUGCGAUGUCUGCGAACGCAGUCUUCCAGAUUCGUUCAGUUUCUGCUCUCUGGCCUGCAAGAUUGUUGGGUCAUCGAGGGAUUUCGUGAAGAAGGCGAAGCGUUUGCCGGAGAAGAAGAAGAAGUCGGCGUCGGACUCCGACGUUGACUCCGACGACCGCGGCUUUUACCACGGUCGGCCGCACUGUAGAAACGUCCAGAGCUUCACGCCGUCAACGCCGCCCCCAACUUCCGUGAACUGUAAUUACAGAAAUGCCAAGCGAAGAAAGGGAAUUCCUCAUCGAGCCCCAAUGGGCGGACUCAUCGUGGUAGAAUACUAGCCAUGUUUUUGCUCAUAUGCCCUUGUUCUUCUCUAAAUUUCGCGUAACCACCCUACAUUAUAAUUAUCACUCCACCGCCCCAGUUCUUGGGAAUUUCUACAACUUCCCAACCUCUUGAGGAGCAUGUUGUAAAUACUAGCUACAAAUGGGAAACAUUGAAAGUUUUUGUUACGUUUGGAAAUAUAUAUGUAUAAAAUAUAUAGGGUAGAAUCUGGAAUAAGGAAUCAUUGGGGGAGCAAAGCGUAAUGUGAUAAAGUAGGUGGGCUUUUAAGAAAAUAUUAGGUGUUCUGUUUCAUGGAAAUGAAAAUAAUGCUCUUCCCUAUAUUUGAUCCAUAUUGCAAGUUGAUAAUAAUGACAUAUGAAGAUAAUGGAGUGGUUAUUGACACAUGUAUGAUGUAUCAGCUAUCUAUAUUGUCUGUAUGGAAAAAUGUAUAUACCCACUUUGUGAGUUUUUUUUUAUAAAUAAAACACAAUAAUGGAAUGGCCAUAUUAGUUAUUAUUUCAUUUUCUAUCUCUUAUUUAAUUUCCC